AUGGCAAGACCGAGAUCCACAUCACCGGACGGAAGGCUGCUGUAUCAACAGGCACUUAUCGAUCCUGUACGGUUACAGAUUCGUGUUGUACCUUACAGUCCACCACGGCUCAGUUCAGAUGGCGAGCCAGGCUCUCGUCCAUUGUCUUAUUCCGAUGGCGAGCCACCAUCCUCCCCUCGCCCCCAAAUUAGAAAAUGCCAGCCUGACAACGAUCUCCCUCACCGCACUUGCCCGGUAGACGAAUCCCGUGGACAAAGCACGACUGCCUCUGAAUGUCUCAUGGACGGAACAACAGAGACUUACAAUACGGCAUCUGCGGAUAGUCCUGUUGCAAAUUGGGCUACGGUCUCUUCUACGCCAGAUCCGGCAUCCCCAUCACCCUCCUAUCGACGUCAAAUACGAACAAUCACCGUCAAUUCCGACAAAACUUUCUCCCUGCUCCCCCAGUCGUACUCCUCUUCAUCAGCGACAGAAUCCCCGCGUCGGUCAUCCGCCGCUCCCAGUUCUUCAGCGGACAGGACGAUUUCGGGAACAUUUGUUGAAGACCAGCCAAGCUCCCCCCUCACACCCCUCGAAGAGCUUUCUCGGCCACCAUCCUCGUACUGUUCGACGCCGUCACCGUUGAUGCGUUCCAGCCUUGCUGCCGAGGAAACCACGUCUUCACCUUGGAACUAUACAUUAGUUGGUGGUGUGCGAAAGGUGCCUAACAGCGCCAAAGGGAGUAAGGGAAAGCUCUUACCGAUUGAUUCCAUCUCAGCCAGACGAAAUCUACAGACGGCCUUUCCCGGGCCUGGUCCAUCUGCAGGUAGUUGUACUCGGGAUCGCAUACUGGCUACCAAGCCAUCCUUCCAUUCUACUGAGUCAAUUUCGACCGAGUCCGAGAGGUCCAACUACAAGACAUUUUCCAGUGACUCGCCUUGUCUUGGCAUGGACCGGUAUCUCGAAACACAGGGUGAUGCAAACGCGGACUUGCCCUCAACGAGCCACUCCAACUUUGAAAUCAUCGGCGAGUCCUCUUCAGAGCGAUCUUUGGACAACCGCUCACGGUCAGAAACCAACGCUAGCGAAAAAAACUACACACUUCACGACGAUUUCCCGUCUUCGCCAGUGCCCGUACUAGGGCUGAGCUCUGGCCUGAGAACUGAAUAUUCAAGGGAAAGCCUCGUUGUAGCACCUUUGCGGCCAGCCAAACGGUUCCUCUCUGACCACGUUGGCUUAUCCCGACAGAAAUCGACAGACUCUGUUCGAACGGGGUCACUUACAUCUAUCUCAAGUGCUUUCGUAGAAGAGGCGGCUCGUUCAUUAUUCGCGGGCAGUACUGUGAUCUCGUAUCAACACAGCAACCCUCUGCGCCAGAACUCGUCUCUGCGGAGUAUGUCCGUUGGACCCGGGAAUCGUCGCCUUGCGUUGUCCCACCAUCAAUGGAGCACCACUCUAUCGCCUGUCCUCUCCGAGAGUGACAGAGUGAGUGUCGUUCCGUCAUUAGCGCUUUCUCACUCCACGGCCGGUGACUGCCGGCGUCAAAGUAAUUUCUCCGGCACUCCUUGCCUCUCGCCCGAUGACCACGGAGCAGAAGUUGACGCGCCUGUGGAUCUUCCAAAUACGACAAGUUACAGGACUUGGAAUCGGGACGUGAAUAGCAGUAGUUUGCGACUAAUCCGAGACCAGGACGAGCACGGAGAUGGGCUUGCCGAGCUUGAAGAGCUUCACCGGCGCCCAUCUCGAACAAGACUUCAUAGCUACUUGUCCAACUGGCCUUCGGAUCGCAAUCUCCGUUCAUCUGGCAGCUCCCGGAGCAAUAGCUUCAGUCGUUCACACAUUCCUGCUUGGGCUAAACUCUAUUAUGGCAGUGGCGAGCGUCGUUUCCUGACGAUCCAACACUCCUCUGACUCUCUCUUUUCGGAAUUCAAUGCAAGUGUACAUAAUAGCCCUUUGAUUAGCUGCUCUCCAAGCGCGGAACGCUUUAUUUCGGUGUCUCAGCUCCCUCCCCGGCGUCCACAGCCCCCAGCGCCAUGCCGUGCCCCCUCACCGUCGUCGGAAGCGGUUUCUGACGUGCCGGCAUCGUACCCACCUCUCAAUCUCGUUCACCGGGUCAAGAAGCAGACGUCCAGUUUAUGGUCACCACAUCUACGCCCAGACAGGAGAUCAUACAGGUACAGCCUCUGGCGACCACCUCCUGCAGUUUGGGUCAAGGAAGAAUACAACCCCCAACGAAACAACGUUCAAGCAGCACUUUUUGUGUUGGGUUUUGUCUUCCCCUUCGCUUGGAUGCUUGCCUCAUUCCUACCGUUACCCCCUGAGGUUCCUGCAGGCAUGAAAGAGAAGACUCAGAGUACAAGCCACCUGGACCUUGAACUAGGAGGAGGCCGUCCCGCGGAGAAGCAGAAAGGCACCAACUGCUACCAUAGGGCCAAAUGGUGGAGAAACCUCAAUCGAUACAUGUCCAUCAUCGGCGUCCUUUUGGUUGGGGCCGCCAUUGCCCUUAUCAUCACUGGAACGCAACAGUGGAAGCCCUGA